AUGCGGGCACUCAAUCAAUCGCUGCUACGCAGCUACGUCUGCCCGUCAUGCCGGUCUAAUAUACAAAGAGGCGCCCGACGAGCUUUCUCGUCCAACGCCAAUGCCCAAACAACUACCCCCGACAUCUACGAUGUCGUCUGCGUUGGCGGGGGCCCUGCUGGCCUUGCUCUAGUAGCAGCUCUCCGAGCGUCGCCGGUCACAUCCAAGCUCAGAAUUGCGUUAGUCGAGGGCCAGGACCUGAAUAAAUCGCGAACCUGGAAUCUUCCCCCGUCUAGCGAUUUCUCCAAUCGGUGCAGCAGUCUCACGCCAACCUCGAUUUCGUUCUUGCAGAAAAUUGGCGCUUGGAAACAUGUCGAUAGCUCUCGCGUUCAACCAUACCAGGAAAUGCAAGUCUGGGAUGGGCAGACCGGGUCCAAGAUAUCCUUUGACUGGUCCGUGGACACAUCGCCGUUUGAAGAUGUUCGCUCCGUGGCCACGAUGACGGAGAAUGCAAAUCUUGUCCGUGGACUUCUCGCGCGGAUUCAGGAGUUGGAAGAAGAAAAGAAACAAGACAGUGGCUCUCUGUCAAUCUUCUCCAAUACCAUGGUCUCAUCAAUUGAGAACGGCUCUAAGAGUGUAGAUGGCCCGGAUCUGUCCGCCUGGCCUGUUGUAUCUUUUUCUGCAACUCCCUCGUCAUCGUCUCCCUUGAACCACACACUUGGUCCUAUCGCCGCCCGGUUGCUUGUUGGUGCAGAUGGCAUCAACAGCCCCGUGCGAUCGUUUGCAGAUAUAACAACCAACGGAUGGGACUACCAGCGACAUGGAGUUGUCGCAACAUUAUCUCUUGCAGAAGAUUCUACCACUGCCACUUCUUCAGUCUCUCAAAGUAGCAGUCCUCGUACCGCAUACCAGCGUUUUCUUCCCUCGCUUGGAGGACCAAUUGCCCUACUCCCACUCCCCAACAACAAGGCGACACUGGUGUGGUCUACCAAAAUUGAAAACGCAGCAUACCUAAAAUCCCUACCGGAAGCAGCAUUCAUAGCCAUGAUCAAUGCAGCAUUCCGCCUGUCAAUGACCGAUCUAAACUACAUGCUCUCCCUCGACCCAUCAUCGUCGUCGUCGUCACACACAACCACAGAAACCCAGCACGAAAACGAACUCAACUGGCGUCUCCAGCACACGCCUCAACCGCCCCAGAUUCCACCGCUAGUCACAUCCGUGCAACGGGGUAGCACAGCAUCCUUCCCCCUACGCUUCCGACACGCCUCCUCCUACAUCUCGCCGCGCAUCGCCCUCGUCGGCGACGCAGCACACGUCAUCCACCCGCUCGCCGGCCAGGGCCUAAACCUCGGUAUCGGCGACGUUAGCGCACUCGCAAACACAAUCGAAUACGCUAUCAACCACGGCAUGGAUAUCGGCGACUACCUAUCCCUUGAACCCUACAUGUCUGCGCGCUACGCAUCCAACACCAAGAUAGGCGGAAUGUGCGAUUUGCUUCACAAACUGUACAAUGUCCCCGGUAAUGGGCCUGUGGCUAUGGCUCGAAGUGUGGGAUUGGAUAUCAUUGAUCGCGUGCCUUGGUUGAAGGGGUUUGUUAUGAAGCAGGCUGAUUAA